CGCGGCGCCGAGAUGUCGCGAAUCCUGGGCCUCUGCGUAGGCGUCGCAGCCACCCUCGUACUGCUCGCGGAAGACCUCAAGGCGGCCGCCCCGAACAAACUGCCUCCUGGUUUCAAACUCUGCCCGAGGAACGAUCCAACUACGUCUUCCUGUUUGGAGGAAGCAAUUUCAGUCGCCCUUCACGAGCUUGCAUCAGGACUUCCAGAGUUCGGCAUUCCCACUUUGGAACCUCUUGAAAUCCCUCAGUUGAGUAUUGGGGAUCCGAACUCUAACGCCCCUGUCAACUUGAAAAUCAAUUUUACGGAUAUUCGCAUUUACAACAUUUCGAGUGCGAAAUCAACAAACGUC